AUGGACUCCAAUGACCCAAAAUCGCAGCUGGUGAAGCAACUCACCACGGGCAGCGGUAGCAAUGCCGGGUCGCUGUACGCACAAUUCACCGAGAAUCCGUUCUUCACUGCCGGCUUUGGACUCGCAGCGUUGGGCGUCGCGGCACGUACAGGCCAGAAGGGACUCCAGCAUGGCGCCGCGUUGUUGCGACGCCGUAUGCUCAUCGACCUCGAGAUCACACGCCACGACGAUGCCUAUCCUUGGCUCCUCCAGUGGAUGACGACGUAUCAUAGGGCACAGUUGACGGGUGCGCAACGCUCGACGGGCGUAUCAGCUGCGCCAGCCGGCUUGCUCACCAAAGUGCUCAACCGCAUCGACCCGCGCAUGCACCAUCUCCAAGUUCGAACCUCGGCGCCUCAGGAUGGCCCGGCGCUCGCGGCGCACUUCUCCUUUGUACCUGGGCCCGGUCGACACUUCAUGCGCUACAAGAACGCGUUCCUGCUCGUCGAUCGACAGCGCACGCGCGAUGCUUUCGACAUGCGAGACGGAACCCCCUUUGAGACGAUCAGCCUUACCACCCUCUACUCGCACCGCAGUGUGUUCGAAGACAUAUUCGCUGAAGCGCACCAACUGUACCAGCAGUCACAAGAGGGCAAGACGGUCAUCUACAAUUCCAUGGGCACCAGCUGGCAGCCUUUUGGACAGCCGAAGCGCAAGCGCCCUCUAGACUCGGUAGUCCUGGAGGCUGGCGUCAAGGAGAGGAUUGUUGAGGACAUGGAGGCUUUCAUCUCCUCGCGCGCAUGGUAUCUCGACCGCGGCAUACCAUACAGGCGAGGCUAUCUGCUCUACGGCCCCCCGGGCACUGGCAAGAGCUCCUUCAUUCAAGCUGUGGCGGGGCAUCUGGACUUCAACAUUGCCAUUCUCAACGUCAGCGAGCGCGGUCUUACAGACGAUCGCCUCAACCACCUGUUGACCAACGUGCCACGGCGGACUGUGGUGCUCCUCGAAGACGUAGACGUUGCGUUCAUGAACAGGAAGACGCCGGGAGCAGAUGGCUUUGCCAGUGCUUCCGUGACAUUCUCUGGACUACUCAAUGCUCUCGAUGGCGUUGCUAGUGCUGAAGAGCGCAUAAUCUUUCUCACGACUAACCACGUCGAGAGACUAGACGAGGCUCUGGUGCGCCCCGGGCGCGUUGACAUGACUGUCAGGCUUGGCGAAGCUACGAAGCACCAGAUCGAGCAGCUAUGGGAUAGAUUCUACGCCGAGUUCGAUGCAGGCGGUGAAGCCAAGCAGAGGUUCAUGGCCAAGGUCACGGAAUUGGGGCUGGCCGACUCGGUGAGUACUGCAGCGCUGCAGGGUCUUUUCUUGUAUAACAAAGACGAUGUCGAGGGCGCCAUCAGCAUGGUCUCGGGCCUCACCGCUGGGCGCAGUCAACGUGAAGGCCAUGUGGGCAUCAAUGGGCAUAUAGAUGUAAAAUAA